CUACCCGGUUCUUUAAAAAUGUUUCUUGUCUUGUCUCCAAAUGUGAAUAUAAUUUUUUGCAGUGGUAAAACAACAACGAUCACAGUAGUGCUAUCUACAUAAUGGCGUCAAUAUUUAAUUUAAUACGGUCUAAAUAAAUACUGAUUAAAUAAUAUAAACAUAUUUUUAUCAGAAUUGGUGAUAUAUCCUGGCUUUUGUUUGCUUACCAGUCAGCGUAUCGAAUGUAAUGUGAGUAGAAAUAUGUAGCCUAGUUACUAAAAAUCAUGUGCAAGUAAAAAAGUGCUUCUGUGGAUAUUUUGAGAAUGGAUGUUUUAAGGUUUGGAGCUAAGGUCUGCUAUGAUGAGAUCCUAGGCAGGCACCUGAAGGCCACAAGAGACAUCAAACCCGGAGAAGUCGUCCUUCAGGAACCUCCCCUCAUUUGGGGUCCCGCCCAAGUAACAGUACCCGUUUGUCUGGGCUGCGGCAAUGCCGUUACAGAGAAGAACAGCCGACCCUGCUUUAAGUGUGGUUGGCCGGUGUGCAACGAAACCUGUGAAAAAGCUCCGGGACAUAUACCGGAGUGCAGGUAUACGGUUUUGCGGGGUGAUAGGGUUUCUGUGAAAAAUUUCGGUGUGGUCCAUCCGAUAUACCAAUGCAUAACAGUGUUGAGGUGCCUGUACCAAAAGCAAUUCCUGCCAGAAGUGUGGAAAAAGCUAGACACACUUCAGUCCCAUUGCGAGGAAAGGAAAGGGACCCAAAAAUACGAACAGGAAAAAGUCACUAUAGCACAGUUCAUCUUGAGGUUUUUCAAACUAGCCAACGUUUUUACAGAGGAGGAAAUCAUGAGAGUCUGUGGAAUCGUAAUGAUCAACUCCCAUGAAGUGCCUCUUACAGAGCCUCCACACGUAGCCAUCUACGAAUCCACCUCGAUGUUUGAGCACAAUUGCAGUGCGAACUGCACCAAAAGCUUCACGAAUAAAGGAGGAGUCUUGGUAGCGGCUGGAACGCACAUAAAAAAAGGGGACAACCUGUGCAUCUGCUACACGGAUCCUCUCUGGGGAACCUCCAAUAGGAGACACCACCUGUAUCAGUCAAAGUUUUUCUGGUGUAACUGUAAGAGGUGUCAGGAUACGACGGAGUUUGGCACUUUCUUCAGCUCGCUGAAGUGUCAAAACAGUCCCUGCAAUGGCUAUCUGCUUCCAAAGACCUUCAUCGAGAACAAUAACAACGAAAAAGGCUCGGACUGGACCUGCACCAAGUGCACCAACGUCUUUUCGGCUUACUCGGCCCAAGACCUUUUAGAGAGAAUUGGAAAAGACCUCUCCGAUAUGCCUAAGGGAGUCUCCCAGGAAUGCAAGAAUUUCAUAAAAGACUACGAGAGUUUGCUGCACCCUAAUCAUUUUUAUUUGACUGACGUAAGACUGGCUUUGUCGCAAAUUAUCGGACAAGAGGGGCAAGGUGGUUUGCCGGCAGUUUCGGAUGAGGAUUUGGAAUUGAAGGCGAGAUUGUGUCAGGGGUUGGUGAAUUUGUUUAAAACUUUGAUACCAGGUGAAACGCGGGUGAGGGGACUUCUUAUGUUCGAAUUACAUGCCUCCAUUGCCGAGAUCGGAAGACGGAAAGGUGAUCCUGGAGAUUUACACACUCUACUCCUGGAAUCAAAAAAUGUACUCACCGAAGCUGCGGAUCUCCUCAAGCACGAACCAGACUUUAUCCCAGAAGGUAAAAUCUAUAAACAGGCUGUGUCGAACUUGAAAGAGCUGGAGUUUGUGUUGAGAACCGUGCAUAAGACUGUGGGAGAUUCUCCUAUGUAAUUAUUUCCGAUAUUACGAUUAUUGACAGUUCUAAUUUUUUUGGAUGCUUGUUUUAUACGCUUUUGUUACAUAACAUAUUGCGAAAUAAAUCUGAUAGUUUUAA